AAGCAGAAGUCGAUCAAAAGCACGGCGGAAAAAGAGAGUGUAAACAUGGCGGCGCACGGGCAAGGCAAACGUGGGGGCAGCUACAGCGAUGAAUACGAACCAAAACCGGCGAAGCAUCUCCGGACACUUCAUGAUAAGAUGACCGAGAGGAGAUUGGUGGUGGUUUUGGAGGGGGCUACGAUGGAAACUGUCAAGGUUGGAAAGACCUUUGAGUUACUGAACUGCGAUAAACACAGAAACAUGAUUAUUAAGAGUGGCAGAGAACCCGGCACAAUCAGACCUGACAUCACACACCAGUCUCUGCUCAUGCUAAUGGACAGCCCCCUGAACAGAGCUGGGUUGCUGCAGGUCUAUAUUCACACUGAGAGGAACGUGCUGAUUGAGGUGAACCCUCAGACUCGAAUUCCGCGCACCUUCGACAGGUUCUGUGGACUCAUGGUUCAGCUGCUUCACAAGCUCAGUGUGCGUGCCGCAGACGGUCCUCAGAAGCUCUUGCGUGUGAUCAAGAAUCCUGUGUCGGACCACCUGCCCGUGGGCUGCGUGAAGAUCGGGACCUCCUUCAGCGUGGCGGGAGCAGGGCCUGUUGCCCCACGCGACCUCGUCCCCCAAUCAGAACCCGCUGUCCUCGUGGUGGGGGCUUUUGCACACGGAUCGAUAAAUGUUGAUUACACAGAGAAGACUGUGUCCAUCAGCAACUACCCCCUCUCUGCUGCCCUCACCUGUUCAAAACUGUGUACUGCAUUUGAGGAGGUUUGGGGUGUGGUUUAAGAAUGGAGCUUUCUCAUUGGAGGACUGUAGCCAAUUACCUUUCACUUGCUAACUAUUUGUUUUACCUGGAAACAAGAACAUUUUAAGUUUUUUUUUUUUUUUUUUUUAGCU